ACUCAUAUACUUUUCUGGUGUACUCCGAAGCAUGCUUUACAAACCUCACAACGACUAAUUAAUUAUUUUCCUUUUUGAUAAAUUUCUCCGCAAAAACAGGACUCUCUCUUUCUCUCUGUCUGACUGUGUGAAAGUUCCACGUUUGGGUGUUUAAAUUUUUGAAUUUCCACUCGAAAUCCCCUACCCCAAUUCCAUUGGAUUUCCUUCCCACGGCCGACCUUAUUGUUUAGAACCCAAACGCUGUCCUUCUCGGCAGUGGCAAAUGAGGGGAAUAUCCAUAAGUCACUCUCAUCCCAGACCCUGCUCUGGGAAGAAAACAUCAAGAAAGGACAGGAAUAAUGGGGAAGCUGAUAAUGUUAUUCUCAUCGAUGUAGAUCCUGAUCAUUUCGACAAUGUUAUUAUCAUUGAUGUCCCUGAAUCUUUGCCUAAGAAAUCCCGAGGUUCAAGCUUGCUCAGGAAAGACAAAAAGUGGCCAUAUGUUAUAUGUAUUGAUGAUGAUGAAAGCACAGAUGACAACUGUUCUGGUAUUGGUGUAAAUGCCAAUGGUAGUUUCUCUAAUAGUGCCACCUGUAGCAAGAAGUCUUGCCUUGCCUCCAAAGAGUUUGAAAAUGCUGCAGAUUCUGCUGGUGUAGAAUGCCAGUUUGUUCCAGGAAAUGCGACUCCAGUUAGGUUAUCAAAAUGCAAGCGCACCUACUCUGGAAAAGCUUCCACUAGAAAUGGUUAUGGUCCAGGUGUCAAUUCAGAAGGUGAUUUAUCUGGUAAAUAUUCUCCGGAUUGUGUGAUAAUGGAAGAUUCUUCUGGAGAGCUUCAAAAACAGUGGGAAAAGGCUUUCUUCAGGAGAAAAAAAGAUAAGUGUAAUGGUAGAUAUGAUGCUAAAGACUGUGAUGAUACUUCAAGGGCUUCCAAUGAAAAUCACCACCAGAAUGUUACAGAGGAAAUCAAGAGCGGAAAAUAUGAGGAAGCCCCAUUUUGUUCUAGUACUAGCAAAUCCAGUGAAGAAAAUGAAGCUUCAUCUCCUUUUGUUGCCAAAGAGGACGACAAUUUCAGCAGCACAUUUUUUAAGGAUCCUACCCCUGAUGAUAUUUCUUUGCAGUCAGUGCUGAAAACACACAUGCAGUAUAAUCAGCCUGCUAGUAAUGAGAGAUCACAUUCUGGGGCUGAAUAUUCUCCUUUCAACUUUACUGAGCAGCAGUCUUCCCAACAUUAUGAUUUAGGUAGUUCCAGCUGUCACAAGAAGCAAAACCAGCACUCUCCUCCUUUGUCUCAUUUUCCUUGUGAUGGACAUGGAACUAAGCAAGUUAAUCAUACAACUUCUCUUGAAGAUGAUGAGGAAUUCAUGCGCAAGCAUCAAAAUUCAUUUGAAACUAAUAUUGAUCAUGACAGAUCUACUGUAAGGACCAGAGCUGAGAAGUUUCAAGAGAAAGUUACUGUUAGUGAUAAGGAUAUUGAGCAUUCACAAACCUGUGAACCAGGUGCAACUAGCAGUGUCAAGGAAAAGGAGAACUUAAUGUCUGAAAAUUCUUCAUUUGUGCAGUUUUCUUCACUGAAUGAUCAAGUUAAAGAUGACGCUACUAGAGUUGGACCUGUCUCUGAAGAAGCCUUCUUCUGUAAAAACUAUUCUCUUGAUCCAAAAAAUGUAAUUGACAAUAGCAAGUUGGUUCCAGAGAUGCCAUCAUCCUGCAAUAGGCAUCUUAAUGAAACACAAGCUAGAGAGGAUGAUUCUUGUUUGGACGAGGCUGCAGAAAAGCUCAUUGAACCUGUAUCAAACAGUCUUAGGGUGGUUGAAAGAGAUUAUUCACAACAUACCCGACAUGGAGAAAAUUCGCAAGGUGUUGAGACUUGUAUCAUUAAUGAACGAGAAAAGCUUAAGGAAACAGAUGAAUACAAAAGAGCAAUAGAAGAAGAGUGGGCUUCUCGGCAUCGAGCAUUACAAAUUCAGGCUGAAGAAGCACAACACUUGAGGCAAUUGCGGAAGAGACAAAAAGCUGAAAGCAUGCGUUUGUUGGACAUGGAAAGAAGACAAAAGCAGCGGGUGGAAGAAAUACGUGAGACUCAAAAGAAGGAUGAGGAAAAUAUGAACUUGAAGGAGGCAAUUCGUACCGAGGUCAGAACACAACUUAAGAAAUUGGAAACCAUGUGCCAUGAUAUGGCUUCUCUGUUGCAUUACUUAGGAAUCAAGAUGGCUAGUUGGCCUCAUCCAUCACCACACGAGAACUUGCAUUGGAUUGGGCUUGAAGAACUGCUGUUCUUGAGUGUUCAGUGGCUUUCACAUUCAAACAAUAUCUUCAUCCUUGCUAAAAGCAAACAGCAUGUCCAUGGAUCUUAUGGGAAGUUCACAAAAUAUUUACGCAGCUGUGUUUAAACAGUUUGAAUCUAUUAUCCUCGCUGAUGAAA